AAUUUUAAUCAUUUAUCAGUUGUGUAUAAAGGGGUGUUAGUUAUUCAAACACUUUAGAAAAUUCAAGCCCAAACAAACACUCUUCUCUUCUCCUCUUCCAAUAUGGAUUCCCUCUCCACCCAAUACCCAAAUUCACAACCCCUCUCCUGGGACCAAGACCUUGUUUUCUACCACAACAAUUCCCUUCCAUUUGAUUUCAACGACUCGGAAGAAAUGCUUCUUCUGGGAGUCCUCGCCGAGGCUCACUCCUCAGAAACGAUUUCCUCGUCCUUUAGAGCAAUCAAGGACGAGGAAGUCACUUCCAAGGAGAAACAAAAGUCCUACAGAGGGGUUCGGCGGCGCCCGUGGGGAAAAUUCGCCGCCGAAAUCAGGGAUUCAACGAGAAACGGAAUCCGGGUUUGGCUCGGGACGUUUGAUAGUGCGGAGGCGGCCGCCUUGGCUUACGACCAGGCCGCCUUCUCGAUGAGGGGUUCCACGGCGGUGCUCAAUUUUCCGGUGGAGACAGUCCGGGAAUCUAUGAGGGAUAUCAAGUGUGGGUGUGAAGAUGGUUGUUCUCCGGUGGUGGCACUUAAGAGGAGACACUCAAUGAGAAACAAGUACUCAGUUGGCAGUAAUAAAAGAUGUAAAGUUAAAGAUAUCAAGGUAGAGAAUGUGGUGGUAUUAGAGGACUUGGGAGCUGAAUAUUUAGAGGAGCUACUUAGUUCAUCUUAUUAGAAUGGUUAUAGUUUUUUUUUUUUUUUUCCUACCCAUUUUUCAAUUUUAUUUUUAUUUUAUUUUUUAAUUGGUGUUCUCGCCCGUGAUAAUAUAGGAGCUAUUAUAAAUUUGUCUCAUGCUAAUAUAUAGGAAUUAUUGUAAAGCGAAUGUAAUUAUCAAAAAAAUUAAAAUUUCUACUCAUUCAACCUUUUGUUU